AGUCUGUGUUUACCCAAUUGCAAGUUGCAACCCUAUCGUCGGCGUCCUCAUUCUCUUCCCGCCGAUUACUUCUAAUCAGCGAUUGGCAGUUGUUCUUCACACUUCAAAGCUUGUGCUUUUGUGCUUCUCAAGAAUCUGAAUCAUUCUCUUCUCGGCUAUUCUUACUCUGCUUUCAAUGGCUAUUUGCGGUUGAAGACAUGAAUGCAUUCAAGGCAUACAAGGCCUGUGUCCCAAUUGAUUGGAGUCCCAACCUCUAUAUAACUCUGGUGAGGGGCAUUCCUGGGACCAGGAGGCUCCAUAGGCGCACUCUGGAAGCACUACGCCUGCGCAAGUGCAAUCGAACUGUCAUGCGAUGGAACACACCUACAGUUAGGGGAAUGCUUCAACAGGUCAAGAGGUUAGUCGUUGUUGAGACAGAGGAGAUGUACAAGGCCCGUAAACAGAAGGUGGAAGAACACCGAGCUCUACGUCCUCCAUUGAUCAUAAAUCACCAACCUCCUUCGGCUACUGGUUCUUUAUAAUAGUCUGCGGUGUUCUUUAAGAUAUUAUCCUUACUACUAAAACUAUCAAAUGCCAAAGUUAAAAGCUUUGGCCUCAAAUGGAUCAAUUCUUGCUUUGAAGAUCAUGUUUUAGUUCGAAUCCAUAAUGUUGUAGUUUUUUCACCUAAUGACAUUAGUCAAAUUUAGGCAUCUGCUUAUGAAACCAGGCUAUCAAGGGUUUCUUUUAUUUAUAUCUUCAAUCUGGGAAUCAU